AUGGAGCAGCAAGUGGCAUGUAUUAGGGAGCAUUUGACAGUAGCACAAGGCAGGCGAAAGAAAUAUGUAGAUGCUCAUCAUUUGGACAGGCAAUUUUUGGUAGAAGACAAGGUGUUUUUGAGAGUGCAUCCGCAAAAGAGUCAUAUCCGUUAUGGAAAAAUCUCUAAGUUGGCACCCCAAUUUGUAAGACCUUCUGAGAUUUUAGAGAGGAUUGGUCCUGUAGCAUAUCGCCUUGCCUUGUCGCCCCGCUUGUCCCAUAUCCAUGAUGUGUUUUGUGUGUCUAUUUUGAGGCCUUAUCAUCCUGAUGUAUCACAUGUUUUGGAUUGUAAUGCAUUGCAAGUCAAAGAUGGGAAAAUUUCCUUGGAGCCAGUGUGCAUUCUUCAGUGUCGAGGGCUGACCCUUAGGGGUCGGGAGAUAGAGUAG